AUGCACCGAAUGUGCCUGGUUUCCGGUCUUGCGCCGUCUCUGGAGCGGAUUGUAACCCGGAGCCAGGAUUCGCUCAAUGAAGAGUCUCCUGCAGAAAAGUGGAGUAACAUGUCUGCGCAGACACCAGCCGAGUUCAUCUGGUGCGAGGACUGUGGACAGUACCAUGACACCGAGUGUCCUGAGCUGGGACCCCUGGUGACAGUCGAGGACUCCUUCGUCCUGAGCCGUGCUCGGUCCUCCCUGCCCAGCAGCCUGGAGAUCAGACAAGUAGCUGACGGAGGGGAAGGGGUGUUUGUCCUGCGUCGGCUGGUCAAGAGAACCCGGUUUGGGCCGUACGAGGCGAAGCGCGUUCCUCACCUGGAUCAUGACGGAGCAUUUCCCUUGAAGAUCUUUCAAAAGGACGGCGUGGUUGUGUGCUUCGACUCCCGCAGCGAAGACGACUGCAACUGGAUGAUGCUGGUCCGGCCUGCCGCCGACCACCAGCACCAGAAUCUGACGGUCUACCAGCAAGACAAUGAUGUUUACUUUAACACGUCGCAGGAUGUUCUUCCUGGAACCGAGCUGAGGGUCUGGUACGGAGCGUUCUAUGCCAAGAAGAUGGAAAAGCCCAUGCUGAGACCGCAGCUGGGGCCGCCACCUCCACCUCCAUCAGAUAUGAUUCCUGCCGCCGCAAAAGCUGAGACGAUAAUCACGGCUGGAGCGCUGGUGCCUCCUGUGGAGGACGACAAAGAUGCAGGUUGCAUGAUGGGUAACCACGACGAAGAGAUGACUGUAACAGAGCUGUCGGUGGAGGUGCUGCUACCUCAGGAGGAGAGUGUCAUCAGCCUGGAUGAAGAGGGGCCUCACCCUGCUGCCCAGCCCGUCCCCAAGAGAGGCCUCGGUCGAGGCGCCAGGAGAUUUAAGGGACGCAGAUUUGGGGCCACCGGGGGCCUAAACAAAACGAAAGAUGUUAAGCCUGGCACGGAAACCAUGGAGUCUAAUACCUCAGAGGAAACGUUGACUGAGAGCUUCGCCCCCGUGGUGGGUGUGGAGACCCGACCUGUUCUCAAGAGACACAAGACCAGAGAGCACAAGAGGGUUUACCGCUGCCCCCUUUGCAGCAAGGUCUUUCAGAACAGCAGCAACCUCAACAGACACGUCAGGUCUCACGGCGAUAAGCUCUUCAAGUGUGACGAGUGCGACAAGUUGUUCAGCCGGAAGGAAUCUCUGAAGCAGCACAUCUCAUACAAGCACAGCAAGAACAAGCCUGACGUGGAGUACAAGUAUAAAUGCAACACGUGUGACAAAUCCUUCCGUCUGGAAAAUGCCUUAAAGUUCCACAACUGCAGAACAGAUGACAAGACGUUCCAGUGUGACAUCUGCUCGCGAUUCUUCUCCACCAAUAGCAACCUUUCCAAGCACAAGAAGAAGCACGGUGAGAAGCUGUACUCCUGCGAGGUCUGCAACAAGAUGUUCUACAGGAAAGACGUCAUGCAGGAGCACCACCGGAGGCACGGCGUCGGAGGGAAGUACAUGAAGCGGGAGGACGUGGAAACCAACGGAGAGGAGGGAGCCAAGUACAGGAAGGAGCCAUCUCCAUGUCCCAUCUGUGGGAAGGUGUUCUCCUGCCGGAGUAACAUGAACAAGCACCUGCUGACUCACGGUGACAAGAAGUACACGUGCGAAAUCUGCGGCCGCAAGUUCUUCCGGGUGGACGUCCUGCGGGACCACAUCCACGUCCACUUCAAGGACAUCGCUCUGAUGGACGAGCAGGCCAGGGAGGACUUCAUCAGCAAGAUCGGCAUCUCGGCCGGAGACAGUGACGAAAAAGAGGAGGACGACUAUGAAGAAGAGGAGGACGAAGACCCUGAGAACCACAAGUACAACUGCAAGAAAUGUCAAUUGUCCUUCGCGAAGGGAAAAGAGUACCUGAAGCACAUCAUGGAGCAGCACAAGGAGAGAGGCUACGGCUGCGGCAUCUGCAACCGCCGCUUCGCUCUGAAGGCCACUUACAACGCUCACCUCGUGAUCCACCGGGAGCAGCUGCCCGACCCCGCCGUGCAGAAGUACAUCCAUCCCUGUGAAAUCUGUGGUCGAAUCUUCAACAGCAUCGGCAACCUGGAGCGGCACAAGAUCAUCCACACAGGGGUGAAGAGUCACUGCUGCGAUAAGUGCGGCAAGUCAUUCGCCAGGAAGGACAUGCUGAAGGAGCACCUCAGGGUCCACGACGACAUCCGGGACUUCCUGUGCGCAGAGUGUGGCAAAGGCAUGAAAACCAAACACGCUCUGAGACACCACAUGAAGCUUCACAAGGGCAUCAAAGAGUACGAGUGUAAGGAGUGCAACCGCAAGUUUGCCCAGAAGGUCAACAUGCUCAAGCACUAUAAGAGGCACACAGGUGUGAAGGACUUCAUGUGUGAGCUGUGUGGCAAAACGUUCAGCGAGCGGGCGACUCUGGAGACGCACAAGCUCAUCCACACAGUGGGGAAGACGUGGACCUGUGCCACCUGUGAUAAGAAGUACCUGACCGAGUACAUGCUGCAGAAGCACGUGCACUUGACGCACGAGAAGGUGGAGGCCCAGUCGUGUCACCUGUGCGGGACCAAGGUGUCCACCCGCGCCUCCAUGAACCGCCACCUCAGACGCAAACACCCUGACGUGGUGCUGGUGAGGCUGGAUGAGUUUGAUGAUCUCCCUGACGCUUCCACAAUUGACGACUCGACGAUUAGUAUCGUGCAGCCGGCUCUGACGCUGGGAAAGGACUCGGGUUCCCAGGAGAGACCCAGCCGAGCCACCCGUCAGAACAAGAAGAAGCCUCGGGCGGCUGCAGAGCCGGAGCUCCAGGACUCUCAGGAUUAUAUCGACUUCAGCGAUUCCAGGCACGAGGCCAUGACUGGGUUCAACACGGUCAUCGUGGGCGAAGAGACUGAAACCAGCUCUGCUGUGCAGAGCAUUCAACAGGUGGUGGUCCUGGCCGAUCCAAACGCUCCGCCCACCUCCUCCCCCAGCUCGGCGGGUAUGACCAACAUCACCAUGGCGCCGAUCACCAGCCACGCUCCGGCCCAGUUCACCAGCCUGCAGCCCGUGGCGGUCAGCCACCUGACAACCAGCGACCGUCCUCUGACACUGGACAACUCCAUCCUCACCGUCACCUUCGACACGGUCAGCGGAUCGGCCUUGCUCCACAACAGACCCACCGAGCUCGUCCCCGAGACCGUGGGUCCCAGUGGCACCGCCGGGUCCCAGUCCGUCGCCCACUUUAUCAACCUCACCACCCUGGUCAACCCAAUGACCCACCAGUUGGAGGCGCCAAUCCUCGCCUGGAAACCCGUCGCAGCGUCCGAGGAGAAUCCGGUUUCCUCUGUGGUGGUUGGACCUCCAGCCGACACGGAAGAGGCCCAGAACCAGAGUCCUCAGACAGGGCAAGGUAGUCAGAACCAGACGACCGGACCCCCGCAGCAGCCCGGCGCCGCCACGCAGAUGUUCAGCUACUAGAAGAAGCCGCACUUCACUCUCUUCAUGUGAUGAAUAGGAAACCUGUAGCUGACGAUACACUGAGCCAAAUAUUUAAGUGAAAAGUUCUGUCUUACCUUUUAUAAUUUCACCUGUUACACAUGUGCACGUGCAUGAAAACCUGGAGACCCAUCUGUUAGUGCAGUUAUGGUAAUGAAGUCAACAGGUACCAACGUGUACAUUCAGACAAUCCAGAUGAGUCGA